AUGUCUCUUGCCCCAAUAUUAGCGCCAGACCGGCAAUCGUCACCGGGAUUGGCCGUCAAUUUGGGAUCCAACAAUCCCUUUAGAAACCGUGCCGCGUCUCCCUCCAUCACCACCACAACCAGCCCCCUCCCUACCCCGCGACCACGCCCUGUGUCCACAAACCCGUUUCUAGACAACUCAGAAGUCUCAUUACCACUUUUUUCUCGAUCCAUUGGGAAUAUGUCACCGCGGAAAUCUUCACCUGCAGAUCCUCCAUUGACUGGGCAUGCUGCGGAACUCUUUGAAAACCUCUGCCUCGACAAACCAUCCAACUCACGGGAAAGACAAACCCAACCACGAAGAGAAAACAUCCCCCCAAAGGGACUCUCCGACGAUAAGCCCACUCGCCGUCCCAAUCGACAACCAUCGAAAGAGGAACUCCUGUCGCGCAACAAGGGAAAGACUCGCUUUGUUGCUGGAGACAUCUUCUCAGAUCCAAAGGAACCCUCGAAAACUCGCAGCCAUCGACGACCCCGACGCAACUCUGAGUCCUCCGUAAUGGACUUGCCUUCAAAACCCCUUGAUCCCGAAGAGGAAAGGCGAAGACGUGAAAGAAGACAACGAGAACGUGAUGCUAAAUACAAGGAUAAGGACGGCAAAUCUCGUAGCAGGAGAACAAAUGGUCAUAAACUUGAUGUGAUCGAUAAGCUGGAUGUUACCGGCAUAUAUGGAACUGGCCUCUUCCACCAUGAUGGACCUUUCGAUGCAUGCAAUCCUCAUCGCAACCGCAAAGGAUCGCGAGCUGCUCCAAUUAAGGCAUUUGCAAAGGAUUCGAGAAACAUGGCAAUUGGUGGGGCUGGUCCUAAUAACAGCAAUAUCGAUCUCAAUCUCUUCCACGGACGAGGAGCUGAAGGAUAUGCAGAUUAUUCAAGCACUGGUCUGUCCAGCAGCAAAAUUGGCCAAGGCGACAGCUUCGACCCGACAGCCAAACUGGAGCCAAUUCAUGGGGCUGAAAGUAUGGGCUUGGGAACCAGUACAUUCCUCGAAGGUGCUCCCGCAAGCCGUGCUGCCAUCCAGCGGCGUCAGAGUGAGAAUGAGGCGCAGGCCUUGCAGAAUGGAGGAAUACAGCGGAAGAAGAGUCUAGCACAGAAAAUCCGUGGAAUAAACAAUCGCGAAAAAGGUACCCGCGUUAUUUCAACGGAAUUUCUCUCUGACAGCGGCAACAACAAUACUCAAGCCAGCCCACCCCGAUCAUCCAAUUCCAAGCGGCAUAACGAGAGGAGCCCAUUUUCCCAACAGCAUGACUAUGACGAUGCGUAUGAUAAGAAGAGCGCCAAGAUUCAGUUACUUUCUGAUGAUGCCCUGGCAGAUAGCCUCCCCGCGACCAGGCAACGAUCAACGAGUAGCCCUAAGGUUAUUCCGGGCGAAAAAAGAAUCACUGCUGAACGGAGCUCGAGCAUCGGUGGCGGUGAAGAUGCAAAGACCCCUGGACAUGCUGUUAGUGGUAGCGGUGGCUUUAUCAAUCGAGUCAAGAGUUUGAGAAGGCCUCCGCAGCCUAAGAGAAGGGUGACUAGUGAGACUUCGCCUUGA